AGUGUGUGCGUCUGUAUGUGUGUGCGUGUGUGUCUGCUUGGGGCUGCUACUGCUGCUGUCGGAAUUGACAGCACUUGAUGCGAAGUGUUGUGACCAGGGUGACAGGUUAUUGCACUGUGUGCAAUACAAUAACAGAAUCGCUUUACACCGCGGAAUUUAUUCACCAACAACUCAGCAAUCAUGGGGAAAGUGGAAGGAGGAAUGAAAUGUGUGAAAUAUCUUUUGUUCGUCUUCAACUUCAUAUUCUGGCUGAUGGGCUCCCUGGUGCUGUCGGUCGGGCUGUGGCUGCGCUUCGACCCUGAGACGGUGUCCCUGCUCAACGGACAUGGGGCCCCGGAGACAUUCUUCAUCGGGGUGUACAUCCUGAUCGUGGCUGGCAGUCUGGUGAUGCUGGUGGGCUUCUUCGGUUGUUGCGGGGCCGUUCGGGAGUCUCAGUGUCUUCUGGGCUCAUUCUUCGCCUGCCUGUUGAUUAUAUUCGGGGCUGAAGUUGCAGCUGGAGUGUUUGGAUUCCUUAACAAAGACAAGAUCAUCGAAGACGUCCAGAACUUCUAUGCCAAAACGUACGAUGACAACAACAACAGCACACUAAUCUCCUCAUACCACAAAGUGCUGAACUGUUGUGGAACCAAAGCUGUGCCCUGCAGUGAUCCUCCGGGCGAGAGCAAGGACUGUGAGGUGGGCAUCGAAGAAUUCUUCAACAGCAAACUCUACAUCAUCGGCUACGUGGGCAUCGGCAUCGCUGGUGUCAUGAUCAUUGGGAUGAUAUUCAGCAUGGUGCUGUGCUGUGCCAUUCGUAACAGCAGAGAGGUCAUCUGAUCUGCGUUGGAGCCCUGGACGUCUCCCCCUGCUGUCCCUUCAGACCCUGUUGUGAAUUACUGCACGAUGAAGUGAACACCCAUCUAUAAAUCCUUUCAUAUGAUCCAGGGACAGCGGCCAUUAGACCACCCUUUACAAAUACUGGUGCUUUGAUCAAUAACCUACCCUCGAUCGUAAAGACAUGCCACAAUGUUUCUGAGUAACUCAAUUAACCCAAGUCAUUUUGUCAUGAAUUGUGUUGAAUCACAAUAUUUACACCCACUGUAACCACUUUGCCAAUACAGACCAUUUAAACAUUUUAUACAAAUUUGAGAAUAAUGACAUUUGGUGUACGUUGCUAGCUUCCUCCUUAAAAUUAUUGAAACGCUUACCCCAAUGAUAGCAAAAAGUUACAUUUGUAUUUGCAAUCCCCUUAUGAAAGGGACCCAAGAGUUGUUGCAGUGGUGUGCUAAGCAUGCAAGAACCCCCCCCCCCAACACAAUAUUAUGUAACUAAAGCCCUCGAAAAAUGACGCCAUUCCUGUAAUGGAGAAAUGCAGAUGCAUUUGCCUUCAACAAAUGUGCAAUGCAUGUUUAUGCCCCCCAGCAACACAGCAGGCAGUAUUUGUCUGUUCAUGUCAUUUUUGUCCUUUCCCGCUUCAUUGCAUCCCAUAAACAAAAUACAAGAUGGUGGUUCCAUCUGAACCAGGACACAGUUCAGGCCACCGAUAUCAGGGCACAUUUAUGUAAAUAUGGGUGAAUUGUGUGUGGUUUAAAACGAUCCAUUGAACAGUUUUUUAAUUUAAUAUUCUGUGUUCUUAGGUCCAAACUUGCAGUAGAUAGUAUAAGGAUGUUGACAUGGACGUUAUGUGUGCCUUUGUUUGACGACAAGCUAUCACUCACAAAAAGAACAUAGAUAGAAAAAAAACUAAACAAACAGAGAAAGUAAUCGUAGCUACUAAUGUACAUAUGUUUGUAGAGUUGGACUGCGCUUUUACCGACACACACACACCCAACAUGUAGCAGGGGGGAUCUAUUCCCCCAACGAUUUCCGUUUGUUUUGUUCUUGUCAUGGAGUUUGAUAUACACUCCGAUGGGUCUGACACCGGACCAUGAGAACAGAUCUAAUAAAUGUAGACGGAUCUGAGAAGUCUCUCUGUUUGGUACCAAGCGUGACCCGUCUUGUUUAUCCAUAAUAGUAACUUAUACGUUGUUAAUGUUAGGCGGCGUAUCUGGAAUCCUCGUCGCCGAUGAAUCUUGGUGUUACCUUGGUAUUUCAAUAUGAGGACACGAUGAGGUUACCAGUUAUAUCUGAAUACAGCCAUGUGUGCCAAUAGGCCAGCGAUCAGACAAGCAGUUGUAGUUAUCUGCUGGAAUCAGACACUGUAGAAUCCGUACUGGCUUAGGGAAGAAUUUAUUGAUUUAUGAUCUUUUAUCAUAUUUAACCGACCAAUCCGUCUAUCCAUAUUGUGUUCCUUCAAUGUAGGCCUAUAUGUUUCAACGUCAUGAAUGAAGUUGUUUUGUACCAUGCUCUUUGUGACUGAUAUUGUGUUGGAUUGUUUUUUUUUCUGCAUUACGUGCUUCUCAGGAAGAUUGCUGUUUGAUGCUUAAUAAAAAUAUUUUUCAAAAACAGGUCUUCUACCCUCCUCUGGUUUUCUUACCACCGGAUGGAAUUGUUUUACAUUGUUAUUUUCAGUUUUCAUGGCGUCUUAAAUCUUUUGUGGAUUUCUGUCAACAGCUCCUGCCUUUCUCUACGUGCAGUAUCACACAAAAAUACGUAGGCCUAAUGUCAGGUUGUCAUGGUUGUUGUA